UUAUUUAUUCCACCAGCUUCCUCCGUCUUUCUGCUUUUCUCUGUUUCCUCCCUAGCAUCUGUAGCCAACUUUUGAUAUCCUAUCAUUCUCAAAAGUCAACUAGCUAGCCGUCAAUAUGCCUCAGCAAAUUCCUACUGCCAGCAAGCUGCUCGACCUGCUGAGCUUCAAGGGCAAGGUCAUCAUCGUGACUGGCGCUUCGGGCCCACGAGGCAUGGGUAUCGAAGCCGCACGCGGCGUCGCAGAACUAGGCGCCGAUGUGGCCAUCACCUACUCAUCGCGCAAGGACGGCGCCGAAAAGAACGUCGCAGAGCUUACCAAAGACUAUGGUGUCAAGGCCAAGGCCUACAAGUGUAACGUUGGAGACUUUGCGUCAUGCGAGAAACUUGUGCAAGACGUGCUUAAUGACUUUGGUGGCCGCAUUGACGGCUUCGUAGCCAAUGCCGGCGCGACGGCGGAUCACGGCGUUCUCGACGGCACUAUCGAGGAGUGGAACGAGGUCAUCCACACGGACCUGACAGGCACGGCAUACUGCGCCAAAGCGGUCGGGCCUGUGUUCAAGAAGCAGGGCUCUGGAUCCUUCGUCAUCACGGCCUCUAUGUCCGGCCACAUUGCGAACUUCCCGCAGGAGCAGACCUCUUACAACGUCGCCAAGGCCGGCUGCAUCCACCUAGCCAAGUCACUCGCCAAUGAAUGGCGUGACUUUGCCCGUGUCAACAGCAUUUCCCCUGGCUAUAUUGACACUGGCCUAUCAGACUUCAUCGAUGAAAAGACGCAGAACCUCUGGCGAAGUAUGAUUCCUAUGAACCGAAACGGCGACGCGAAGGAGCUCAAGGGUGCAUAUGUCUACCUGCUUUCGGACGCCAGCACAUAUACGACCGGUGCCGAUAUCGUCAUCGAUGGUGGAUAUACCUGCCGAUAAAUAAGAUAUGCAGCUACUAUGCAAUGAAAUAUGCACAUUAUCUAUAUUAUAACCAUUUAAGUUGAUAAUGCGGCUGGUAUGGUG